GAGGAGGGGAGAGGACGUCAAUCUGCCGCUAUGGAAAUGGCCCCUUUUGUGAAGUGAAGAAACAGAAAAAAAAACUUAUAUAAUCCAUAGAUUUAAAUCUUUUUUUUCAUAGCAAUGGGGACCGAAAAAUAUUUUCGUCCCUUUGUCCCAAUUAUCGCCGUUUUCUUUCUCUCGCAGCCAGCGUUAACGAAGAUAUGUUGCAACAGUUGCAUUUGCAAAGGCUCGAAGGGAGUGUACGGAGCGCCAGGCAUACCAGGAUUGCAAGGAUCAACAGGCAUACCUGGAGAUACUGGCAAUGAAGGACCGCAGGGACGCACAGGCGCCCCAGGAGACUACGGAGAGCACGGUGCCGAGGGAGAAAAAGGCCUACGUGGCACUAUGGGCAUGCCAGGAUUCACGGGCACGGCUGGCAUCCCUGGCUUGCCCGGGAAGGAAGGCGAGGGGGGGGAGAGAGGAGUGCCAGGAUGCGACGGCUUCGACGGAGGGCCUGGAGUGCCUGGGUAUGCCGGGGGCCCUGGGGGCAGAGGGCCACCAGGUCCGCCUGGUCUCAGAGGACCUGUCGGCGAAACAGGAGACGGAGGCAUCAACUCGAAGGGCAUCAAAGGUGACCAGGGCAUACCAGGUCGAUCAGGACCUGUGGGGUACAGAGGCCCCGUCGGCCCACCAGGUCCCAGGGGAGACUAUGGUAUUCCGGGUUUCCAGGGCACCCCAGGAGACGAAGGCUACGGAGGCCCACCUGGUGACCCCGGCGACAUGCCCCCCGCCCACCCCGAGGUCAAGGGACCCCCAGGCGAAAGGGGCGAUCCGGGAUGGGUCCAGCAAGUGAUCAAAUCGCCCUACGGUCCCUCAGGGACGCCAGGCUUCUUAGGGAACCCAGGCUUACCCGGCGCUCCUGGAACCGUUGGGUAUGCGGGUACUUUAGGGGAAAAGGGGUUUAAGGGACAACGUGGAAGCGACGGGCAGAAGGGCAAGACAGGGCGGCCAGGGCAGGUCGGUCCCUUAGGAGCAAAGGGGUUUAAGGGCGCCCCUGGCAUGGCUGGUUUCCCCGGACGGAAAGGAGACAGGGGAGACGGAGGACAACCAGGCUUAGACGGUCGUCCUGGUCUGGUUGGCGACAUUGGUCUACCUGGCAUAUACGAUCCGUCGGAUUCGACUAUUUAUAGAGGCCCGCCCGGCCCUCAGGGCUUCGCGGGCAUCCCAGGCCUCCCGGGAGAAGACGGCUACGACGGGCGGCCCGGAGGACUCGGCUUCAGGGGCCCCCCGGGGCUGCCAGGGCCCGGGGGGGAGGACGGCGGGCCGGGCUCCCUCGGCAGGGCGGAGAAGGGCGCCCACGGGGAUGACGGUCUCGCAGGUCUGAUCGGUGCUCCAGGUCGCCGCGGCUUCAGAGGAGGACCAGGGAUUCCAGGUCGGAAAGGCAUACCUGGCGACCCGUCCUUUGGCAAGAAGGGACUCGAUGGGAGACCUGGGAGACCUGGGAGCAAUGGCGUCGCGGGUGCUAUAGGGUUUCCUGGUCCUGAAGAAAAUCUUGCAAACGUGUAA